GUUUUAAAUGAUGAGCGCUAUCGUCGACUUGUCAACAGUAAGCUAGAACUAGUGGUUUGUUGGUUUUAUUUGAACUUAUUGAUCAGUACCGUGCAAUGUCAGCGCGUGCUGAGAGAGCUGUACGUUUUCUCGUGUCCGGAGAUAAGCAGCUUGAGAGUUCGGAGCAAGCAACGGAACAUCUUCGCCAGCUGCGAGCAUUUGCCAUAGAUGCUGGUCUCUCAGCAGAUAGCAUGCUGCAGUUGAGUACAGUCAUCACUGCACCCAGCACGCAGUACCCUAUGGCAAAGUCGCUGCUCCAGUGCAUGGUGCCAGCCGAGAGGGUCACUAAGGACGUCAUCCUCAGUUUUUCUGGGGCACUAUGCAGUGAUUCGAUAUCUCCUGCUGUCAAGAGAGACAUCAUACAGUGGAUGGCUGCUGCAUACCACUUGUUUGACAGCAGCUGCAAUCUGGUGCUGCUCUGCAGAGCUCUGCUAAGGCUUCUUGACACAUCCCUGUCCAUUGACGCUGUCAGUUUGAUGCUUCUGCUGGCCUCAAAGGAGACUGCCACAUCAUUCACCAUGUCCAUGGUUUCCAGAGCGUCACAAAGAAAGCCUUCCGACAAGCUUCAAUACCUUGCCCAUGUUCUUGAGAGAUGCAGUCCUGAUCCAGAAAGCCACAAGGCCGUAAAAGACGAGGUGAAUCCGAAGCUGGAUGCUGUUGGCUCACAGUGGGAAGCACACAUGCAGAAGCUACAACAGGAGCUGUUUGGAAAAGUCAGGCAUCCCUACCGUGCAAGGGAGCUGGGAGUGCGGUGUGUUAGCAUCGACACCAGCAGUAAGCAGCUCCUGGAAGCCUUCGAGAGGCAUACCCUUGGCCUGAUGACGAUGCUUUUGAAUCCGGAGAUAUUGAAGGCCAUGGCCAGCGAAGGAAAACAUCGCCAGAUAGCCUACUUUCAGAGCCACUUGCGGAUAGCACUCAAUGAUGUGUUCCGGAGCCCAGAAACUGAUAAGGGCAGGGGUUUCCUCAGGUCACUGGCGAGCAUGGUCAACAUACUACAGGAGAACCCGCCUGCUGUAGAGCAAUGGCUUAUGGAGUGUGUGGGCCUGUGGGAUGGUAAUCACUACUGGGAGCAGAUCCUGCCACUCAUAUCCAGCUUUUCACUGACCUCACCCGGCCACUUCUUCCUGUGCCUCUGGGAGCCACUUGUCCAGCUGCUCUUUUUCCAGAGCCUUGAAAUGCAGGUGAAUAUAUUCCAGUGCUUUUUGGAGCUGUGUCGCUUCUGGGCUCUAGUGGAGCUGCCUCGCUCUCGAGGGCACAGGGAUUCCGUAUUUGUCAGGACUUACGAGAAGGGAACCAUGAAUGCAUUAGAGCGCCUUAUUACUGACCUUGGGCGUGUCGGCAUGGCGCUAGUGGAACUUCACCCAAACAGGCUUGUCGAGAUACUGGUGCCUGUCUUCGAGCUUUACUACAUGAGACUGGAGGUAUUCAGGAAAACAGGAGUGGUAAUGCUAUGCCUACCUGAGUGGCCAUUUGUAACACUUCCAGUCUUCUCACGCAACCCCCUACUCAUCGAUGGAGUCUGCAAAAUGUACUUGAGCCUGAUGGACUUCUUGGAAGAAGUUAAAGAGCGUCUUCCGCAGCCUUGGUUGAAGUCAAAGAUCAGCGAGUACAACAAUCAGGUGGUCUGGCUGGGUUUGGCACUGAGCGGAGACUGGAAGGACGCAUGUGCUGUUGGCCCGGAGUUGUCUCCGAGGGCCCUGGAAGAAGCAGGAGUUUCACCCAGUGACAGUUAUAGCCCCUUGGCACUGUGGUGGCAACCUGUGCUUCAAGAACAUGUUUCGGAACUCUGUUAUACUUACAACAUCGAGCCCCACGAGAUUGUUAAUGGGGACACAUGGCUUUCCUUCAUCAACGUCUUGGCAGCCAGUCAACCACACACAGGCGAAGCUUAUGCAGCGGAUAUCAAAAAUGAAUGAGCAGUCAAGGGCGUCCACAGCAUCGAAGACGUCUGCUAUCUGACUACAACAUCUGCAGUUUGAGUAUUUAUUGCACAUAGAAAAAUAUAUACUAAGAUUUACUUGU